GUCCCAGUGUUUCCUUGUCCUCCUCUGUGGUGGACUUUGGAUGUGUUGAAGACGGAGCAUCAGCUGCACAGACAGUCAAGCUGGUUAAUUCUUCACCUGUUGAGGUUGUCUACCAAUGGGAUGUUGACUGUGGUGGAAACAGUGUGUUUAGUAUCCGUCCAGCAAGUGGCACUUUGCUCCCACACAGCCACGCCACGCUGAAGGCGCUCUACAGGCCCACACAGCCGAUUGCACAUCACAGGAGAGUGGCCUGUCUCAUACUGCACAGGGAGCCUGUGUUUCUGGACCUGAUUGGGACUUGUCACUCAGAGCACCAAAAACCUGCCAUACUUAAACCUGAACACUUGGUUCUGUACAAACUUCACUCACCAGACGCCCUCACAGCCAUGCAGCAAGACCAGAACGGACAUUUGGACCAGCAGGGGGUGCACUCCUCCACGUUAAACCAAAGGCCAGACAGUGCUGCUGUCAUGUCCACCAUGGAUCCUUCCUCUUUGCCUUCUUCUUCAUCAUCCCAGCAUGUCUCUGUGGUGCCAAGUGAGCUGCUGUUUAAUCACAAAACAACAUCCUGGUUGUCUACGUCGUGUGCUUCCUCUCAGUCCGUCUCCAUCACGAACAACACCAGAGGAAAACUGGGCCUAGUGUGGACCGUUUCCCGAGACUCUCCAUUCUCCGUCUCUCCCUCUCUGUGUGACCUGGCCCCACUGAAGUCCACCUCGUUCAGAGUGACGUAUGAGCCGAAGCAGCUCAACAGCCUGCAUGGAGCUGAACUGGAGUGCUUUGCAUACUCCAAGGACGGUCAUGAUGCAGGUGAGCCACCGGUGAGUCCACCCUGGUGUGUAACUGUCAGAGUCAUUGGCCACUCCUUUCAGCCCGGCAAAGAACACUUCCUCCCAUGCUGCACCCUGAAGCCCCCUCAAGUGGUUUUUCCAGCCCAGAGUGUUGUUUCCCAUCGGACUGUGCUAUUUCAGAAUGAUGGAGACUUGCCCCUCACUUUUUGUCUGGACCACAGCUCAAUCCCCGCUGGGACCGAAUUCUUGUUUGUAGAGCCGAGCUGCGGUUUGAUCCAGCCGAGGGAUUACCAAAUCCUCACCCUCAGAACAGCUCCGUCAGAAGAGAGUCCCAAACAGGGCUUUAACUUACGCCUGCAGCUCAAUGCGGCUAAGCUCACGAGGGAAAUUACUGUUGUGAGUGUGGUGGAAAAGCCAUGCAUGUCUCUGGAAGGAGGCAGCAGUUUGUAUUUCCAGCCAACAGCUGUGGGCUCACAAACCCGGCGCACUCAUCACAUCAGGAACCUGAGCCGCGUGCCUAUACGGUUCCAGUGGAGCAUUCCAGAGCCAGACCAGGAGCUUAUCUGUGUUGAACCAGAUGGUGGUGAACUGCAUCCCAAUGAGAGCUCAGUUCAGACGUGGUGCUUCAGUCCACCAGCAGAGGAAACAUACACACUCAGCCCGACUCUGGUCUUCUGGCCGAUUCAGACCGACGGAUCUGAUGAGUCACACCUGACCCUGAAAGUAGUGGGAAUGGGCUCCCAGGGAUCCAUAGAGGCAGAGGAAGCAGUCCUGGAUGUUGGGGAGAUUCUGGUCGGCAGCUAUCGCUCCUUUGAGGUUCCUCUGGUGAACAACAGCCCCUGUCCUGUCUCCUUCUGUCUCACUGUACAGCAGAUGCUUCUGGAUGAUGGACUGGCUCACGACCCCCAAACUGUGCACAGUGCCCUACAGCUGGACUCUGAGAGGGGGACCAUCCCCUCACACUCCACAGUGCAGCUCCGAUCCAUUGUCAGACCCCACAGUCAAGCCCAGUAUCUCUGGAACAUUAGCUAUCAGACAGUAGAUGCCAGAGGGUUUGUGUCGUCCUCUCCUCAGACGCUGUGCCAAGUGCGAGCUCAGGGUGUGUUUCCCACCCUUCAGGUGAUGGAUGCAUGUGGUGGUGGCAGCGUGGCGAGGCUCAGCAAGAUGCAUCUGUGGAAGCUCUUCUCAUUGGACAGUCUCAAUGAGCAUUUGUUGUCCAGCCCCUCUCCUGCAGAGCUCAUGUUUAGAACCCCCACCAGGCACAGUUUCCGCAGCAGUCCUUCCAUCUUCACCAAAGCCAUGCUGGAUUUCAACUUUAGCUCUGCGACUAUGAAUUCAAACCCCUCACGUUUUGUGUUGAUGUUCUACAACCCUGGAUCGAUUCCCGUGAACUGGGCGUUCUUGUUUCCAGAGGACCAGCAGAUAGAGCUGGAGCACUGGGCCGUGAGCGGAGAGUUCAGCAGCACUGAGCUGCACCAAAUGAAAGUGCAGGACAACCAGCUGUUCAGCAUUUCCCCUCGCUCUGGCACUUUGCUCCCUGGCCACAGGAGGGCAGUACACUUCAGCUACAGUCAUGACUUUUCUGGGACUCAUCGAUUACCGGUCGUGUUCAAACUCUCUCAUGGCAGAGAGAUCUUGCUGAACUUCCACGGGGUGACAGUGGACAGAGAUGCACCAUUUCUCCACUUUGCCUCCAAUACAUGUGUCUUUACCUCUGUCCCUACGGGGGACUGCAGUCCUCCGAGGCAGCAGGUGUGUGAGUUACAUAACGGUGGUGCUGUCCCGGUCCGUUAUGAAGUGGACACAGCUGCGUUGUCACAGCUUCAGGUGGACAACUUCAACCAUCCGCUGCUCUGUUGCCUCAAUCCAGAGGGACGAGUCCUUCCUGGGAAGACAACCAAGCUGGAAUGGAUCUUCUCUCCACUGGAGGCUAAGAUGUACCAAAUGGAUGUUCCUAUCCACAUCCAGGGUAGGGACGUGACACUGGUGAGAUUCGAGGGAUGUGGGCUUGACUCGAGGUCAAACCCACUGACCAGCAGUGACAGUAAGGCUUGUGCACCGUGUGUCCAGAGGGUGCCCUUCCCAGGACAGGUACUGUUCCUGUCUGAAGACACUGUCUCUCUUGGCCACAUUCCUGUGUGCUCACAAUCUUCAAGAACUGUCUUCCUCACCAAUGUGUCCUACACAGACUCUGUCCACUACAUGUGGGAGCUUCCCCAGCAGGGAGACCAACAGGUACAGGACAGUGUGCAGGUGGUGCAGAUCCAUCCAGAGCGAGGCGGUCUCCGUCCAGGGGAGUGUGUCCUCUGUGCUCUGACCUUCACUUCUUCAGACUACCCCACCGUUUAUCAGCUCGACCUGGUCUGUCAGGUCAGUCAGGAAGCUGAGCUUGUUGGGUAUCGUGAUGCUCUGCAGCGCUGGGAAGAAGAGAGACAGCGAGAUGAAUUCACAACCACAGACCAGAAUGUUACGGAGAGCCGAAGAAUGUUGAUCGACCAGGAACCUCCUGCAGCUCCUGCAAGCAAAGGGCCUCCGCUUAGAAAAUACAAGACUCUUCCUCCUAUCUGUGCCAGCAGUACUUAUGAAACCGUGGCCAGUAUAUGCACCAAACGAACAAGAGCUGAACGGAGGCUGCAGCGAGAAACACCAACAGUAUGGAGGCGCCCUGAUCCACCACAGCCCACUCUGCUCCACCUGGCAGUUACAGCGCACUCCCAUGGGCGUCUGGAGUACUGCACUCACCUGCCUGACCAGUUUAAUCAGCGUUACAGAUUCCUCCAGUCAGAGAAGAACCAGCAACCUGAAAAGAUCUCCGUCCCUGCUGGACCGUCUACGCUGACACACGGUCCUGACAAAGACAUCCUGGUGCUCACACUGACCUCCUUACUAAGGAACAUACUUGAUGAUUCAGCCUUUGUUCGGUCUCUGAUUCCUUUGGCCUCCAAGCCCCACACCUACCAGCCUACAGAAACCACUUCCUCUCAUUGCGCAUCCUUUCCAUCCUCCCCCCGUCCUCCUGUGUGUUCUACCUCGUCUUCUCCUCGUGCUUCACCCCAACCUCCAGUUCUGCUGAGUGGAGACAGACAGAGGACUGCAGGAGGCUCAGGAGCUGAAGCACAGCGCUCACCGCAGGCUGAACGCGUACCUGCUGACAUGACUGAAGAUGUUUUAUUGAGCACCCUCCAGAACCUGAUGAUGGAAGCUGUCAGAGGAGAGCUGGUCCUCACAGCACACCCCCACACCGUUAUCUCGCCACCUGCGUCGCCCAGAAGCAGAAGGACGUCUGAAGCCGUGGCUGAGGAACACAGCGUUUGAAGAAGAGGAAAGGCACCAGCAGAGACUUCAGUCAGCUCCUCCACCUGCCGUCCCAGAGGUCUGUCGUGUCCACGGCUUUUACUAAAAUCCACCUCAUUAUUUUGCCCAACUUGACUCCAGAUCCCACACAGUGUCACACACCUUUUAUUCUCAUCAGUCCCACCAGUUUUAUCUGUGCUUUUUCUAGUCUUUCCAGCCUCCACUCUCACAGACAUCUCCAUAAAAAUGUGAAUAAAGGGGAGAGAUGAUGACUUACUAGAGCUGGGGUAGGAAAUGUUUUCACCACCGACUGCUUUAAAUGAGUUCACAAACAACAAAGAGCUUCAUGUCGUGGCACUGAAUGCUUCUCUUUCUGCUUUCUUUUGAUAUGCUGACAUGAAGAAAUGUACUGUGCGUGCCGAAUGACAAUGAAAACAUGGACUCUUAAGCAGAUUUACCCUCGAUUCAUUCAGCUCUGGGUCCUCGGUCCAUCUGUUCAGCGUGUGUCUGAUCCCAUCAAUAGAAACGUGGUUAACUGUGCAGAAGGAGAAGAUCUUAUAAGCUGAUAACUGCAAAAUGUAAACCAAUUGAGUAUAUUUUUUUUACACAAACAGACACGUUUGUUUUUGGUUCUAGACAUUGCACACGUUCUCUGAUCCGCUCCAAGUGUUUUCUGUUCUGAAGAACCGACCACCAGUCCAUCAGAUACUGUAAGGCGCUUUAUGGUUUACAUUUUUAAAUCAAAUAAAAGCAUAUUGCACAUCA